AUGGAGGAUGGAGCUUCGGGACAGGGAGAGUGCGAUGGGAACUACACCACAAAAUCAGCCUACUCGGUCAUUUUUGCGGGAGGUAACGAUUCAGCGGCAGUCCAGAGACCCUCGGAGCUGAAUGCGAGAGUGUGGAAAACGCCGGCGCCUCAGAAAACUAUAGUCACGGCGUGGAGACUCCUUAAAAAUAGACUUGCCACCUGUGACAACCUGGAAAAGAGGAAGGUGAUGCUUGGCGAUGAAGAGGUAAAGUGUAAAUUCUGCAACAGUCAAAAGGAGACGAUUGAUCAUCUGUUCCUCUUAUGCCCGAAGACCGCGGAUCUUUGGGAUGAAAUUCAGAAAUGGCUGGGAUUCACCACAGUUAGGACAAAUACGGCAAGACGACACUUUGAGUCGUUUGCGCAUCUGGAAAGUGGAAAGAAGAAUAGAAGGUUCCUUUUGAUGGUGUGGGUCUGCUCUAUCUGGAUGGUGUGGAGACGGAGAAACGAAUGCAGAUUUGGCAAUGAUGUUUGGGAUUGCAAAACCAUUCUGUCGGAAAUCAAGGUUAGAACAUGA